UGAUUAGGAAAGAAUUUACUUUGGUGACAGAACGAAGGAAUAGUUAUUUAUGCAUCGGUACUACUUCAACCUGGUAUUUUAUAUACAUUCGAUGCCAUAUGUGAAGUGAGUGCAUUCUUUAGAAAUUGAAUAUCUGUCGUAAUUUCGAGGUUUUCUUGAGAAAUAAAUACCAUGGAUAUCACUGACGUAAUAUAUGUAGUGAUUAAAGCACUACUCGGGAUUUGGUCCAAUUUCACGUCGGUGAAUCUACCAUCCAUGCAAUUAGCCAAUCCAUAUUGGGGCCCAGGCGAGCCACCCAUAAAUCCUGACUUGAGUAUUAGACCUUUCAAAGUGCACUUUUCCAACGAGGUUGUUAAUGACUUGAAAUACCGGUUAAACCAUACUAAGAAGCUCCAGUCAACUCUUGAAAAUGCAGCUUCGACUUACGGAAUCAAUAGCGAAUUUCUACCCAAAGUAAUUGAAUACUGGCUGCAUAAAUAUAAUUUCAAAGAACGCGAGGCACAUCUCAAUCAAUAUCCACAGUUCAUCACGAACGUACAAGGUCUCGACAUCCACUACGUACACGCGAAACCGCAAUUACCGAAAGACAGUGGGAUCGAAGUUUUGCCGCUGCUAAUUCAACACGGAUGGCCGGGCUCGGUAGUCGAGUUUUACAAAGUCAUCCCCAAGCUGACUGCACCCUCGGCCGAACGGAACUUCGUUUUCGAAGUCAUAGCACCGUCGUUGCCGGGCUUCGGGUACUCCGACGCCGCCGCGAAAAUUGGCCUUGGCGCUACCGAAAUAGCCACGGUUUUGAAGAUUUUGAUGGGCAGAAUCGGACACGACAAGUUUUACGCACAAGGCGGCGACUGGGGCGGCAUUGUGUUGGCCAACUUGGCGUCGAUGUAUCCCGAAGUUGUUUUAGGAUUGCACUCCAACUUUUGCGUGCUAUCCAGCCCGUCGGCAUUGCUGAAACUUGCGUACUACAGCUUGCAACCGUCGCUGCUUUUAGAAUACGAGCGUCCGUAUAUGCCAUCGUUUGGCCAACUACUUUACCAACUAGUCGAGAGGAGUGCUUACUACCAUGAACAAGCUACCAGGCCCGACAGCUUCGGUGUCGGGCUGAAUGACUCGCCAGCGGGAUUAGCCGCAUACGUGCUAGAAAAAUUUUCCGAGGCAGCGAAUUACGAUAAUCGAUUCAGCGACGACGGCAAUUUGUCCCAACACUACGCCAUGGACGACUUGAUCGACAAUCUCAUGUAUUACUGGGCACCUGCCAAGAUCACUAGCUCCAUGCGAAUUUACGCCGAAUCGUCUAGUCUUCUCUCGAUCAUGAGCUCCAGCCUCAACGCCGAUUUGAUUACAGUGCCGUCCGCCUGCACUGCCUUUCCUCAUGAAAUUAUUUUCAUACCCGAGGUAUUGCUGCGCACUCGCUACGUCAACUUGGUACAGCGUACGCUGAAGCCGCGUGGCGGACACUUUGCCGCGCUCGAGGAGCCGCAAUUGUUCGUCGACGACGUUUUCGCAGCUGUGGAGAAAAUGCGAAGGCGUGGCGCUGCUGAAUAG